GAGUGCAUGUUUGUUAAUAAUAGGUGUAAUACGUGUAAACAGUGGACUUUUAGGGGCACAUGGUAAUGCGUUUGUUUGGCAUGAAGCCUUGAAGCGCGGACGCUUCCGGUUACAGGUCCGCCCCCACAGCUGAGAGCAGAACAACAUUUUUUAUUGAAGAGUCAGUUUGGGGUGGGGUGAACAAACUAACCGUCAGUAGACUACACUUCCGUGGGUAAAUACGGGAAACACCUGUUUACCGUGUAAACCUGUAGGCGUGGAUCAAGUGUGAGGAAGUUUAUCUGGAGCAGACGCCUUCCGUAAGCGAUGAUUCAUUUUUUGUGAAUCUCCUGUGCAGGAUCAUAGACUACAGGGUACUUUCUCUUUACACAGCAAUAAAUCGCUGCAACCGAGUAACCUGAAAACAGGAAUCAUGGUGAACUGCUGUGGUCUGCUUACGGUGAAAAACGAACCAGUUCCUCUGAAGAGUGUGGAGGUGGAGCUGGAGGUGAGGGACCAUGUAGCUACAGUGGUCUCCACUCUGACCUAUGAGAACAAAGAAGACAAACCGUUAGAGGCUGUUUUUGUUUUCCCUCUGCCUGGAGAUGCUGCUGUCUGUCAUUUCAGUGCUAAGAUUGGACAGACAGAGAUAGUAGCUGAUGUGAAGGAGAAACAGAAGGCUCGUGAGGAGUACGAUGAUGCUUUGAGCUCCGGUCAGCAAGCUUUUCUAUUGGAGGAGAGUGAACAAAGUCCAGAUAUAUUCUCUCUGAGUGUAGGCAGUCUCCCACCAGGAGAGAGUGCCUCAAUCAGACUGGAGUAUGUCACCGAGCUAACUGUGCAGGCUGAUGACGGCCUGAGGUUUUGUCUUCCGGCUGUGCUUAACCCUCGCUACCAACCUCAAGGAAGUGGAGGUGGCAACGUCCAAGUGGCAUCUCUUCCAUCUUCUUUGGUGCCCUACAGCCUGGCUUUCUGUGCCCAAGUGUCAUCUCCCCGUCCGGUAUCUAAAAUAGAGUCAAACUGUUCCCUUGAUCCACCUCAGUAUCUCAACACAGAGCAAACCCAAGCCACGAUCAAGCUGGCUGCUGGGCACAAGUUUGACAGGGAUGUUGAACUGCUGAUUUAUUACAAAGAUGCCCACCAACCUACUGCUGUGGUGGAGACAGGACAGGCCUCUGCCAAACCUGGCACUCUGAUGGGGGAUCCAGUAGUGAUGCUGAGUCUGUACCCUGAGUUUCCACAGGCUGUGAUGUCUUCAGUUGCUUCAUGUGGAGAGUUUGUGUUCUUAUUGGAUCGAUCUGGCAGCAUGGAUGCACGUCUGAACAACAGCAAGAAUGCUCAGACGCGCAUUGGCAGCGCCAGGGAUACUCUUCUCCUCCUGUUAAAGAGUUUACCAAUGGGCUGCUAUUUCAACAUUUAUAGCUUUGGGUCCAGAUUUGAACACAUCUUCCCGAAGAGUGUGGAGUACAGCCAAACGACCAUGGAAACGGCCUUGAAGAAAGUUGGGGAGAUGGGGGCUAAUCUGGGAGGAACAGAGAUCCUUGAGCCCCUUAAACAUAUUUACAGCCAGCCCUGCAUCCACAACCAACCAAGACAACUGUUUGUCUUCACUGACGGAGAAGUGGGGAACACCAAACAAGUCAUAGAUGUGGUGAAGAAAAAUUCACAUACACACAGAUGUUUCUCUUUUGGGAUUGGAGAAGGUGCAAGCUCUGCUCUUAUCAAUGGGUUGGCCAAGGAAGGAGGAGGUCAUGCUCAGUUCAUCACAGGGACUGACAGGUUGCAACCCAAAGUGAUGCAGUCACUGCGAUAUGCUCUGCAACCAGCUGUGAUAGACAUCUCAGUCACCUGGGAUUUGCCAAAGGAUGUGUCUGUUACUGUCCUCUCCCCGCCAAUCACAGCACUUUUCCAGGGUCAAAGGUCACUGCUUUAUGCCCAGCUCACUGGACAGAUUUCAGAGGCAGCAGAGGGCUGUGUGACUGUGAAGUACAGCCUGGCAGGUCAGCCCUCUCAGAACCAGUUUACUUUCAGUCUGAAACCUGCAGAGGACACUGGACUAACAGUCCACAGGUUGGCUGCUCAGACUCUGAUUCGCUCCCUGGAGAUGGAAGACAGAGAGUCUAGAGAAAAGCAGGAUGAAAGUGUGAAGAAGAAGGUGGUGGAGCUCAGCGUGCAAUCAGGAGUGAGCAGUGCCUUCACUGCCUUUAUCGCUGUCAACAAAGGCGAUGGCGAGGCGAUACAAGGACCUCUGGUGCGCAGAAAUAUUCCAACACCCAGGUUUAUGUCCCUUGGUAUGUCAAUGUCUUCUUCCACGUUCUGUGGUGCUCCUCGAAUGAUGGCCUGUGCAACGCCUCAACAGCGGGGUGGCAUUGUUCAUUAUGCAAUGGCGAGAAAGAAAACAAGAUGUAACAAUUCUGGGACACAUGGAUUGCUCUCUAAAGCCAAGGCAAAGGUUAUGAGUUCUCGAGAAGGUGGUAAGCCCCAUGGUAUGUCAAGAUUUGUUGCCAUGUCCUGUGAUGAUCCUCAAAUGAUGGAUGAUGAAAUUCAAAUGUCAUGUGAUGGCUUUGACAACACUGGUGAACAAUGCGUGCCUAGUCAGCUCCCCAUGGACCCUUUGCUUCAGUUGGUCUCCCUCCAGAAGGCGUCUGGCUGCUGGGACCUAGCUCCAGCUCUGGCUACAGCACUGGGCAAGACCAGUAAAGAGGUGGAAGAGAUAAAGCCUGCAUCGGUGAACCAGGAAGUAUGGGCCACCAUUCUGUCUUUGAUCUGGCUUCAUGGUUUCAAGAUUGACGUUCAGGAAGAGUGGGAGCUUCUGGCCAUGAAGGCUGUGUCAUGGCUCCGUGCACAGAAUGCAUCAUGUGUGCAAGAGUGCAUGGAUGCUGGAAAUGCACUGUUGGGUUGUAAAGUGCAGAAAGACGCUCUGGGACUCUGAGGCUUUCAUAACUGGCUUGGUCUUCAAGACUGAUACACAUCUAGAUUUAUACCAUCUUACAGCCUGUACUCUAUUAAUAUUGCACUAUAAUAUCUUUGCACCACUAUGCAAUAUGCACUGGAUACACUUCUUUUUCAAGGGGCUAUACAGCUCAGCUGCUGGUCCCUCUUACUUUUGCCUAUAUUCUUUUUCUCCUUGCUAGGAUAUCAGACUUGAAUUAAGAUGUAUCUUAUUGGCCUGAAUAACUGUUUAAAAAUGUCUACUUGCUUUUGUACUGCAGCCCGUCGGUUUCAUAUUGACUUAUGUAGCUAAUAAUAAUAACAUACUUACACACACAAUUCCAGGAGAUCAGAAGACUAGGCUUCAGUGCUUUUAUUAGUUUGUGUUGCAGGAUAUGAGUACAUCACAUUAAAUCACUCACAUGUUUAUCCCUUAUAUAAAUAAAGACAUGGGAAAACACUUCUCUGAAUGCUCUUGUCCUCCUCCCCUCUCACAAUCCCCUCUUUGAGUUCAGGGAUCAAGAGAACCCCAUAGAUCUUCAGCCUAUGUUAACACUGAUUUUUCCAUGAAAGAAGAGAACCCCAUUUUCAUACUGAAAACCCAGAGUUGACCCUUAAGUGAUCACGUUAACUACAAAACCUGUUCAAUUGCCAAAUAUCCACAAAUGGUCUUUUGGUCCAUUUGUGCCGAUGGAAGCCUUGCUGCAGGCUUUGAAAAUCUUUAACACAUGAGUCAUACUCUACUUAAUGUAGGCAGUUUACCCUAAAAGUGAAAUAGUAAAAAACAAGAUAUGGUUUUCAUAGGAAGUACCGUUUGGUCAGAUUUAGAUUAUGUAUCUCAAACUGAAAACUUUUAUUGACCAACAGUAAAAUAGUUUAAAUUUAAACAUAAUUUAUCUCCUAUGUGGAGAUCAGUUUGCAGAAAUGAAUUACAAACCCUGUUCAUUUUCUGGAUGAAGUACAGAAAUUUCUCAAAAUUAUGUAUUUAUAACUCAAAAUAUGGCACAAGCUCAAAGUCUGCCUCUACACACCACACAUCUGGUAACACAAUGCUGGUUGUUAUAAAAAAAGAGGUUAUGAUUUCAAGACCUGAGUGAUGCCAAGUGAACAUUGUAUAACUACUCAGGCAUUUUGCUGCAUGUAUGAGAGACACAUGUCAUGUAAUAUGCAUGUAUACUUAAUCUUCUAUUCUGUGUCACAUUUGGUAUUUUUAAGCACAAUGGGGCCCUAUCUGCUCUUUAGAAUCCAUUUCUAUAUUAAACUUAGUUAAAUUGU